UUAUGUAAAUUAAUCAUGUAUAUGUAUGUAUCUUGCGUAAAACUAAGUGAAAUUAAUGAGGGGCAUCGCCCAAAAUGCAUUUUUGGCCGAUAUGUGGACAAUAAAAUACUUCUAAUACAGUAAAUCGUCCUCCUUGUGUGAUUAGAUCCAGAGAAAGUGUUGCAAAAUUUAUGCAUAUUAUUAUUCAUAAAUUUUGCAAUACUUUGCAAUAUAUUACCUUAUUAUUGUGUGAUAAACUUUAUCAAUGUGAACUAGGAAUUAAAGAAUAGCAGAUAUGAAUAAGAAUUUUUUAUCCUUUAAAUUUUUAAAAUAUAAUUUUAUAAAUUCUUUAUUUAAAUAUUUUACAUACAUAACAAAAACAAUUUUUAACCAUCUUAUUGUUCUACUUGUAAUAAUUACGCCUAUAUCCGACGCUAACAAAUAAAUUACUAUGAGCACGUGGUAAAAAACGUCAUAUCAGUUUGACUUUAAACUGAAAAAUGAUAAGGAGCGUCAGUGGUUUUAAAGUUUAUAUUAAUAAAAUAAUGUCUAAAUGAUGUAAACGAGUACUUGUAAAGUUGCUUUUUUAAAAUGAUGCUGGUGAGGUUAGAAUCAACAACGUAAAUUAGAAUCUGUGAGAGUGAGUGAAGCCAUUUUAAAAUUGAAAUUGUAAGAAAUCAAAUCGCUGUAAAUGGAACCCCAUAUAUUAAAGAAGCUCUAUUUGUUACCUCUCGUUAUGGGAGUUUGGAUUUCUUGCGGUAUGAUUAUUUGUUUCAUAAUGGCGCUUUCAGAAGGUCAUGUGAGUGCUUAUGUCCCCUUCAUCAGUGAAACCGGAGGGAAAUUACCAGAGAGCGGAAUUUUCGGAAUUUUUCUAGUUUUCACUGCAUACAUGGGAAUGGCAGUUAUGACGAUUCGUUAUUUACUCGUAUCCGAAUUAAAUGAAGGAAGUAUCCGAAAAAUAGACAUUUUAAACAAAAUAUCUUUAUUUGUCGGUUAUUUAUCUUUGUGCGGAAUGAUAAUUGUAGGCUGUUAUCCUAUGUAUGGCAUAAUCAGUGCUCAUGUAACAGGAGCUGUGUUACUAUUUUUUGGAUGCCUUUUCUAUGGUAUUCUGCAGACUAUCCUCACAUUUUGGAUGUAUCCUACUUAUAAUGGAAUUUUGAUCUUCCGCAUUCGUUUGGCCAUAUGCACUUUUUGUAUUUUAUUUCUUAUAACAUUGACUAUUAUAUUUCCACUUGGCCGAAGAUUGUGGAAUCAAAUGAAACCAAAAGCUGAUAAAGUACCAUCAGAUAGGGGCUUUACAGAGAUAUUAACUAGUGCUAUAUGCGAAUGGUUUCUGGCUAUUUCUUUUAUUUUCUUCUUCUUUACUUUUGUUAGAGAAUUUCGAAAGGUUACGCUUCAUUUAUCGCUCGUCCCUUUGGUCCGCCAUUUUGAUGAUGUAGUUAGUUAAGUGGAAAGGAAAUUUCAAAUAUUAAAAACAAAAAUUAGAAUUCAAAAUUUCAUUAUACAAAUUUAUAAAGAAACGAUUUUUCAAGAUAAUUAAUUUCUUAAAAUUAUUAACGUUUUGAUUCGCUUUCAACUGAUGCAUCAAUUCUUUAAUUCAUAUCAUAUUUAAUUUAAAAUUAUGUAAAAGAGCAUAGCCUAAAUAUUUUGUUUUACAUCAUAAUUUUCAUACUAUUAAUACAGAUGUGACAUAUUUACACCUUUUUUUGUUAAAAAUAAUAAAGUUGAAUAAUUUUAAAGAAUUUUCCUUUAAUUUUUUAUCUUAUCUUAAAAAUAUUGCUCUAUAAUUCUUAAAACUUCUG